GAUUUUUCUCGGAAUUUACAUAUAUAUUCCCUUCUAUACUUUCUCGUGUUAAGGUACUGCUACGGAUGAUGAAAAAGUCAAUCUUUCUCACUUUACGCUGAUACGUGUUCUAGACACAGGUGCUUACGGGAAAGUGUUUCUAGUACGUAAAAAUGGUGGGGAUGACGAUAAGAAGUUGUACGCCAUGAAGGUCUUGAAGAAAGACACAGUUGUUCAAAAGAAAAAAACAGCGGAGCAUACGACAACCGAGCGUCAAGUGCUCGAAGCUAUACAACAAAGUCCGUUCCUCGUAGGCUUACAUUAUGCUUUUCAAACGGAAUCGAAACUCUAUUUAGUUUUAGAUUACGUUAGUGGUGGUGAAUUAUUUACACAUCUUUAUAAAGCGGAACAUUUCUCGGAAGCAACUGUUAAAAUUUAUAUAGCCGAAGUGGUUUUGGCUCUGGAGCACCUGCACAAGCUGGGCAUAAUCUAUCGAGACAUAAAGUUAGAAAACAUUUUGCUGGAUGGUCAGGGGCACAUUGUGUUAGCAGAUUUUGGAUUAUCGAAGAUAUUUUCGUCAGAGUCUGAUCAUAGGGCGCACAGUUUUUGCGGUACUCUGGAAUAUAUGGCUCCGGAAAUAAUACGAGCUGGCCCUGGUGGCCACGAUCUUGCUGUGGAUUGGUGGUCAGUUGGAGUGCUUACCUACGAAUUAUUAACUGGGGCUUCGCCGUUUACUGUAGUUGAACAACAGAAUUCUCAAAGUGAUAUAUCACGACGAAUUCAAAAAGUGGAUCCUGUACUUCCACCCACGUUGGGUGAAACCGUAAAGGAUUUUAUACUCAAAAUGUUACACAAGGAUCCCAAGAAGCGAUUGGGUGGUAAUAAAAAAAGUGCCGGAGAUAUCAAAAAUCAUCCAUUCUUUCGUGGCAUUAAUUGGAAUGAAUUGAAAAGCAAAAGGCGAAAGGCACCUUUUAAGCCAACAUUAAAUGGGGAAGAGGAUACACAGAAUUUCAGCGAAGAAUUUACAAAGCAGCCUGUUAUUGAUUCGCCGGCUCCAGUUCCUGUCAACUCACAUCGUUUAUUUAGAAGCUAUUCAUACGUAGCGCCUCAACAUUUACGCAGAAGAUUAUCUACCAAAAGCGUUGCCGCGUUUCCGGUUGAAUAUCUUAAUGGACCGAUUACGGAUCCUCCUUCAGCACCAGAAACGCUUGUUCUUAAAAGACUAAUUAGCGCUGGAUCAUUUGGAAAGUGCUACACAACUAUUUAUAAUAAUCAGACCUAUGUCGUCAAAGUCAUCCCAGAAGCAAAAUAUCGGCCCUCUGAAGUAGACGCCUUAAUUUCAUGCGGCCGAGACGGCCACAAGUCAAUCGCUCAAUAUGUGGCUACAUAUCGUAAAGGUUCUGAUAUUUGGAUUGUACAAGAAUAUGUUAAAGGCUACGAAGUAGCAGAGCGAAUUGCAAAUCACGAGUACAGUUUUGAUGAAUUAAAGUGCUGUGAUAUAUUUAAGCAAUUAAUCGAUGCUGUGAAGCAUAUACACGAAAAGCGUUAUAUACAUGGGGACCUGAAAAUGGAGAAUAUUAUUUUUACUGACGACGGCAUGGAUCAAAUAAAACUUGUUGAUUUUGGUGCUGCUAGUUAUAAUAGUAAAAGGAAUAAAUGGAAUGACGUACCUCGCUAUACAAUUGAUUAUGCACCGCCCGAAGCUUUGCAGCAUCCUGAAUAUGCAACUUAUUCGGCAUCGUUUGACAUUUGGUGCUUAGGAGCCACGUUGUAUUCAAUUUUUAUGGGGCACACGCCGUUCCGUCAUGGACGUGACGAUCGGCAUGUGAACAUGACGACGCUAAAACAGCGUAUCCUUGAUGAUGAAAUUUUCACCCACGCUCAUCGGUGGGAACAGGCUAGUUUGGAAUUAAGAAAUCUUAUCUUAAGGUGCCUACAGAAGGAUAUCGCAAAGAGGCCUACUCUCGAACAAAUUUUACAACACCCAUGGUUGCAAAUUAAAACAAAACUGGCGACAUCCAAUUUCUCAAGAGCUAUAUCACCUCCGCAUUGUAGCGUGUAUGUGACUAAUACCAAUAAGUGCCGUGAUCGUACGGUUGAAGGUCAGAAGUCGGAAAGAACCUCGAGGAAGGGCCAAAAGCGUGGUGGACUAUCGAGAAAUAAUUGGGUCGGUCGUAACAACACUUGUCAUGAAACGAUGACAGUUGGACACGAAAAUAUCGAGCGAAGUCAAUCCGUAGCCGGGAAUGCAGGCAGGCGAGAAGAAAGGCAAUCAUAUCAACAACGCUGCCAUGAACGUCAAAUGGCAAAAUCAUUGUUUGUAUCUACACAAGCUUCUACUGAAAACGUUAUUAGUACUAAUGAAAUCCGGAUUACAAAUGACACCAGUGGUCCUUUAUUACGCAGCAAGUAUAAGUCUAGCGGGCAACUGGCAGUUAAUACUAAACCCCUUAGCGUCAACCAAUCUCGCCGUGUUGAAACUAGCCAGUGCAGUUAUAAUGAUCCAGAAUAUACCGCCCUUGAAGAUUUUUGCGGAUUUGAUGAAAACAUAGCUCCUCUUAUAAUUCCGCCGAUCGAUUCAACCAAAGAAAUGAAGCUGAAGAAUUUUAAGCCCAUGGCAGGAAAAAAAAUGGUUGAGAACAACUCUAAAGUUCCUGCUAUUAUGAAACCAAGCAGUAGGAGCACUCAAAUUGUGCUAGAUAAGCCAAUCAAUCAAGCCAAAACAAUGCACAAAGAAUCUUCGAUUGGUAAAAAAGAUGAACAAAAGAAAACAAAUUCUAGUGCAAUUGAUGACGGAAUAUUCAAGAUGCCGACAAUGAUUAGGGGCAGAAAUUUGUCGCGAAAGCCUUUUAAAAAUGAUGUUAAAAGGAGCAUUAGCUAUGUGAUCGCGAAGCGCAUACCCGUGGAUAUUAGCGAUGACUUUCUUGGUUUUCAAGAGUCAAAAAGCCGACGUAUUCGAACUAGGGUUAAAGGCAGGUGUCGCGUCUACGACCUUUUGUUGUAUUUAACUCAAAACUCUCUAAGAUAUUUCAAAAUCGAGAGGCGUGUGUAUAAAAAACCAACAGGCGAAAGUGUAUUAAAAAAAGAUUUGAAACGAUUGAACACGUGUAUCAGCGAAAAAGAUCUCCCACAAUUAAGAAAAUUUAAGCAAGAACUUAGAACACCUACACCAAGAAGCGCCUUAUUACCUAUCCGUAUACAACCCGGCCGUUUGGCACGUCAACAUAUUCCAUCCUACUGUCAAUGAUUGAACAAAAUAUUGUCCAGUAUAAAAGAGUCAAGCAGGCGCAACACAUCUAUUAUAAUCGAAUGUUUAAGGCGGUUCUUUUAUUCACUGGUCGUUAUUAUUGUUCAUGCCCAGUUCAAUUGUUUCAUGACUUUAUCAAUCGGUUUUGUAAUUAAUUGAAAACGAACGUAUCUCUCGCAAAUAACGCUUAGCAAUUUAUUGAAGAAUAAAAGAAAAACUUAUUUGCGAAAGAUAUGUUUUCAAUUGAUUGCAUGGCCAUGCCAAAAAACUACUCUCUUAAGAAAUAUUUUUGUAAAAAAGUAUAACUUAAUAUAUACUUGUUAAAAUUUUAUUUAUAUUAAUUGUAAUUCUUCGUUAAUAUUCAAACAUUCUUUCUACAUCGUUUAAGUUGUAAAUCCAACUGAAAUCAAUUUUUAACAUUAUUGUGUCAGCAGUAACAUGGUAUCGGCCGCGUCCUUUAGUGUGACGGUCCAUUUGCAAUCAGCCAUUUGUAAUUUCUACAAAACAAAAAAAAAAGAUUAACGUAAAUAAUUGUUUGAUUUUUUUUUAUAAUAUUCUUUUAUUAUACCUUACGGCACUUUGUUGGUGAGGGGCGCGGGGGGUAUAUUGUUUGUAUGAAUGACUAUAAUAUAUUCAAUGAAGAGAGAGAGAUUAGUUCAGAAUCAUUUUCUGAAACGAUUAGCGUUUGUGUGCUGUCGGUCCGUCUGUCUGAAGUUUAACAAUUUUUUUUUUCAUUCCAUCCACAGAAGUUGACCUUUUUAUCGAAAAUCUAUUUAAAUAUUCAUAGGAUAUGAUGAAAAUUAGUCCAUAACAUUGGGUUGACAUAACAUUAAUUUUACGAAGGGUUUUCAUCAAAGAAAAGCUAAUGUCUAUUAUUACACACAAUCAACAGUGCUUCAUAACAAAAAUAGGUCAAGAGUAAGAAAAUCUUUGACAAAAAAAUUAAUAUUUCUAAAUUUAGACCACAUCAGGUUACAUUUCUCAUAUAAAGCCUCCCAUAUAAAAUAUAUCUUUUUUUAUUGAUAUUUUGUCAUGAAAUUACACGAAAAAUUUAAUUAGACAAAGCGGUAUAUAACUUUUUUACCAGUUUUCAAUUGUAAUAAAUUUUAUAUAUUUUUUGGAGCCAUCACCAAAGAAGUGGAUAUGAUAUAGAGAGCGAUGAGUUUAUGGUUUCGUGUAUAAUACGAAGUAUACUUUUCGGGUCAUUUCUGAAUGAAGGAAUGAGGGUCGGUUUGAGAUUCCGCGCCGAAUUAGCCGUGUGCUCGUAUUUUUCAAUCCGAGUGGGGUUAGAUACGCCAAGAGAAACAUGAAAAAAAAUGUUGUAAAUCAAUCAGGGAUCAUUUACGUUAGCGUUAAUAUCAUUGUAGUUUGAUUUCUUAAUUCACUGCCGAGUUUUUAAGUUAUUCCUUAAAAAUCGGAGUAUAUGCGGUUAGUUGUUAUUGCUUAUUUUGAACAAUAAAAUCAAAAAAAAAAAAAGAGAAAAAAAAAGAAAAUUCGAUUAUAUUAUAUAUAAGAGAUAAGUUUUCACGAAUUUCGGCUCGAACUUUUUCGAUUAUUCGAGUGACUUCAGGAAAAAAGAGCGAAAUAGUACAUUACGCCCUUUUUGUACACAGAAAUAGGGGAAACUUUAACACAAGUGCAUUCGAUCCGUCUUUUCUAAAUAAUGAAAACUUUUUACCAUUCAAUCAAUGACGCAAACGUGCCCUAUACUUCAAGUUCAACUUCAGCGACAUAAUGUAAAAUUAAUAUUCAUGUUUUGCCAUAGGUGUGUAAAGUCGAUUAGUACAAUAUUCGGACUAAGUUUAUUACGCCUUUCGUCCGCCUACGCGUCCUCUUGUUCAAGAAGAGAAACCGUAGGAGAAUUAGUAGAAGCUCUUGAGGUCAGUCUGUCGUUAACUUCCUAUAAAGUACGGUAAGCAAAUUAAGGCAAAUAGUUUGUUUGAUAACAUUAGCAAUUUUUCAAUUUCGAAAUAUUGCGAAAGUUGUUUCUUUCACAUUCUUCCGCGAGCUGAUGAAUAGCAUCUCUUCUUUAUUUAUAUAUCUCUAUCCGAGCGCGACAGAGCAUCGAAACUGCGUCGAAAAUACUAUGAAUUAAAGAAAGAAAAGAAAUGUUCUACAAAAAUCUCGGACUCGCCCACUUUUACAAUUACUUGCAUUAUUAACCUGACUCUGUGUAAUUUUCCCCUUUCUUUUAAAUAACGAUAGUAAAGAACUGAAGCUGAUGCAGCACGCGGCAUAUUCUUACGAGGUUUUUGUGUAUGAGGCGAAUAGAAGCAGAUAGCCGUGACUAUAGGCAUAUGUAGCUUACGAAUCCAUCUACCCCCUCCACACACGCGCCGGCGCACAAGCACCCACACGCACGUACACGGGAAUUGCGCAAUCAAUUUACGAUCAAAUAAAUAAAUGAAUCGGCGGGAAUACACUUCCGAACUGCAUGGAAAAGCACCACCCCUCCCCCUCCCCCUCCCACCUUCUUCUUCUUUCUUCGGUUUAUCAAUCAAUCAAUUAUGUCAGCUUUAGCUUUUAGUCGGUAUCUUGUAAUAAGCAUAUAUAUAUACUCAAUUUCAAUUGGAAAAGCCAUUAAAACUUCUCUGUGUUAUUGUGUGAAAAAUCCAACGACCAAAAUGUAAAAGCAUGUGAAAACAAAAAUCUGUAACUUAGAACUAGAGGUAAAGCGCGAUCUUAG